GUCUCCCCAGCACACCCCCUUGCCUAGCAGCAAUGGCUGAGAGGCGGUGCAAGCAGAUGGGGAGUAAGUUUCCUGAAGGGGCGGGCGGCUGCACGCGCGCAGCCCCGCGCUGCCAAUUUCCACCGGGGAGGGAGAGUGGCUGGAUGCGGAGAGUUUGGAGUUGCUCGCGGCGGAGGGCAGGCAGCGGAGCAGGGCCGGGGCGGGGGGCUGGCGGGCGCUGUAUCUGGGAGUAAGUUUCCAGGAUCGGGAGAGCCUGCACGCUGGCUCGCUACUCCGCUCGCCCCCCGGCCCACCCCCCCGAGAGGAGACUGGUCUUGUGGUCGGAUUGCCCAUGCACUUGUUGCAGAAACAGCCAAGGCCCUGGCUCCGGAGGCCGCUGAAGGAGGAAGAUGAGGAAGCAGGACGCCUCUGAAGGCUUAAGCUUCUCGGUCCUCAAACAGAACCAGGUCGCCUCUUCCCACCUGCCCAGCAACAUGAAAGCAGCAUGACCGACCAGCCGCAGGAGAAGCCCCCAGCACCAGGCCACCGACUCAGCCACCUGCUGCGGAGGUCCAGGUGUGAGCGGUGUCUCCUCACCACGGCGGUGUUUGGUCCGUACCCCAGCCCCGGUGAGGAUGUCAGCCCACCCCCCGCUCUGCACGUGAGUGGGACAAGCCAGCAGGAUCCCCUGGCUCCAGCCCCGUUCGCAAACAUGACAGCUGUGGAGUAGUGCGGACACGUGCUCUCAGCUUCUCAGGGUUUCAGUCCUUUCGGGUUUGUUUCAUUUACCUUUUUAUAUGGUUUUGUGGCUGGACAGUCACAAGCGAGGCCAGCACCAUGGAGGAUCAACAAGUGUACAAGACCAACCACGUGGGCCACGGUGGUGAGAAUCUCUUCUACCAACAGCCUCCGCUUGGUGUCCCCGGCGGGCUGAACCACAACUAUGGGAAUUCAGUCACGGGGGGCGGACUGGAUGCCCCUCAGGCCUCGCCCAUCUCCCCCCACUUUCCUCAAGAUGCACGCGACGGUCUGGGUCUGCCUGUGGGCUCCAAAAACCUUGGCCAAAUGGAUACCUCGAGGCAGGGAGCGUGGGGAGGCCACGCAGGGCCUGGAAACCACGUCCAGCUCCGUGGCAACCUGGCCAACUCAAAUAUGAUGUGGGGGGCACCGGCCCAGGCUGAGCCCACCGACAGCUACCAAUAUACCUACUCCCAGGCCAGCGAGAUCCGGACGCAGAAGCUCACCAGCGGUGUCUUGCACAAGCUGGACUCGUUCACCCAGGUGUUUGCCAACCAAAACCUGCGGAUUCAGGUCAACAAUAUGGCCCAGGUGCUGCACACCCAGUCGGCAGUGAUGGACGGAGCCCCCGACAGCGCCCUCCGCCAGCUGCUCUCUCAGAAGCCCAUGGAGCCCCCGGCCCCGGCUAUACCUUCCCGCUACCAACAGGUGCCCCAGCAGCCUCACCCUGGUUUCGCUGGCGGGCUGUCCAAGCCAGCGCUUCAGGUCGGGCAGCACCCUAGCCCAGGGCACCUGUAUUAUGACUACCAGCAGCCACUGGCCCAGAUGCCGGUCCAGGGAGGGCAGCCGCUGCAGGCCCCGCAGAUGCUGUCGCAGCACGUGCCGCAGAUGCAGCAGCACCAGUAUUACUCUCAGCAGCAGCAGCAGCCGCCAGCUGGCCAGCAGCGGCUCUCCAUGCAGGAGAUACAGCAGCAGCAACAGAUUCGCCCCCCGCAGCCGCCGCCGCCGCCGCCAUCGCAGCCGCAGCAACAGCUCCAGCUCCAGCAGCGGCAGGGUUCAAUGCAGAUACCUCAGUAUUACCAGCCCCAGCCCAUGAUGCCACACUUGCAAGAGCAGCAGCAGCAACAGGUGCACCUGCAGCCUCCUUAUCACAGGGACCCUCACCAGUACACCCCAGAGCAGGCGCACGCUGUCCAGCUCAUUCAGCUGGGCUCCAUGCCCCAGUACUACUACCAGGAGCCCCAGCAGCCCUACAGCCACCCCCUCUACCAACAGAGCCACCUGCCCCAGCACCAGCCACGGGAAGACAGUCAGCUGAAGACUUUCUCUAGCGACAGGCAGGCCCAGGCCAUGCUGAGCUCCCACGGGGACCUGGGACCUCCUGACACAGGACUGGGAGACCCAGCGAGCUCCGACGUGACCCGGGUCGGCAGUGCCCUCCCCCAUCGACCGCUCCUGUCGCCCAGCGGGAUGCACCUCAACAGCAUGGGGCCGCAGCAUCAGCAGCUGUCUCCCAGUGCCGUGUGGCCCCAGGUGCACCUCUCUGACGGGCGAGCCCAGCCAGGGUCCCCUGAGUCAAGUGGCCAAGCCAAAGGAGUAUUUGGGGAGCAGUUUGAUGCCAAGAACAAGCUGUGCCCCAUCUGCCUAAAGGAGUUCAAGAGCCUGCCCGCCCUGAAUGGACACAUGCGGUCCCACGGGGGAAUGAGGGCCUCCCCCAGCCUCAAACAGGAGGAAGGAGAGAAGGCCCCGCCGCCUCCGCCCCAGCCGCCACUGCCGCCUCCGCCUCCGCCCGCGCCGCCGCAGCUCCCUCCCGAGGCCGAAAGCCUCACACCCAUGGUCAUGCCCGUGUCUGUCCCUGUCAAGCUUCUCGCGCCCAAGCCCAGCUGCCAGGGCUUCACCAACAGCGUCGCCUCCGCCCCCUCCGCCAGAGACCAGCCGGCCAGCUCCGUGUCCGACGACGAGAUGCCCACGCUCGUGAGGAUGACCCUCUCUCCCCCACACUCACCCCCAGGGGCUGCCCCCCACGCACCUGCCGAAGUCCCCAGGAAGCUGCAGUCGGGAGCGCCCAAGGCUGAGGAGCCCCCCAAGACCGUGCAGGAGAAGAAGAAGUUCCGGCACCGGCCGGAGCCCCUCUUCAUCCCGCCGCCGCCCUCCUACAACCCGAGCCCCGCCUCCUACUCUGGCGCCACCUUGUACCAGAGCCAGCUGCGCUCCCCGCGCGUCCUCGGCGACCACCUGCUCCUCGACCCCGCACACGAGCUGCCCCCUUACACGCCGCCGCCCAUGCUGAGCCCGGUGCGCCAAGGCUCGGGGCUCUUCAGCAACGUCCUCAUCUCUGGCCACGGCCACGGCCCCGGCGCCCACCCCCAGCUGCCCCUCACGCCCCUGACACCCACGCCGCGGGUGCUGCUGUGUCGCUCGAACAGCAUUGAUGGCAGCAAUGUGACAGUCACCCCAGGGCCUGGAGAGCAGACGGUGGAUGUUGAACCACGCAUCAACAUUGGCUUGAGAUUCCAAGCAGAGAUUCCAGAACUCCAGGAUGUCUCUGCCCUGGCCCAGGACACACACAAGGCCACACUGGUGUGGAAGCCCUGGCCGGAGCUGGAAAACCAUGACCUCCAGCAAAGAGUGGAGAAUCUGCUGAACUUGUGCUGUUCAAGUGCAUUGCCAGGUGGAGGGACCAAUUCUGAAUUUGCUUUGCACUCUCUCUUUGAGGCCAAAGGUGAUGUGAUGGCUGCCCUGGAAAUGCUGCUGCUGCGGAAGCCAGUCAGGUUAAAAUGCCAUCCCUUAGCAAAUUACCACUAUGCCGGUUCGGACAAGUGGACAUCUCUAGAAAGAAAAUUGUUUAAUAAAGCACUAGCCACUUACAGCAAAGACUUUAUUGUUGUGCAAAAGAUGGUGAAGUCCAAGACCGUGGCUCAGUGCGUGGAGUACUACUACACGUGGAAAAAAAUAAUGCGAUUGGGGCGGAAGCACCGGACACGCCUGGCGGAGAUCAUUGACGAUUGCAUGACCAGUGAAGAAGAGGAGGAGUUAGAGGAAGAGGAGGAGGACAUGGAAGAAGAUAGGAAAUCCACAAAAGAAGAGGAGAGUGAAGUGCCGAAGACCCCGGAGCCGCCACCGGUCCCCGUCCUGGCUCCCACUGAGGGGCCGCCCCUGCAGGCCCUUGGCCAGCCCUCCGGCUCGUUCAUCUGUGAAAUGCCCAACUGUGGGGCUGACUGUAGAUGUCAUGUCACUCCCUUUCUUCCCCAGGUGUUCAGCUCUCGACAGGCACUGAACGGCCAUGCCCGCAUCCAUGGCGGCACCAACCAGGUGACCAAAGCCCGGGGUGCCAUCCCCCCUGGGAAGCAGAAGCCUGGUGGUGCCCAGAGCGGGUACUGCUCGGUGAAGAGCUCGCCUUCUCACAGCACCACCAGCGGCGAGACAGACCCCACCACCAUCUUCCCCUGCAAGGAGUGUGGCAAAGUCUUCUUCAAGAUCAAAAGCCGAAACGCACAUAUGAAAACUCACAGGCAGCAGGAGGAGCAGCAGAGGCAGAAGGCCCAGAAGGCGGCCUUCUCGGCGGACAUGGCAGCCACGAUCGAGAGGACUACGGGGCCGGCGGGGGCGCCGGGGCUGCUGCCGCUGGACCAGCUGAGUCUGAUCAAACCCCUCAAGAGCGUGGACGUGCUGGACGAGGACGUGGUGCAGCAGCUGGGCGGCGGUGUGGAGGAGGCCGACGUCGUGGACACGGAUCUGCUCUUGGAUGAUCGGGACCCAGUGCUGCUCCAGGGGGACACGGAACUGUAGAGCCCGCCGUGCCACUCAGAGACGGUGCAAAGCCAUGGCCCCUGUGUGCAGUCUUCAGGAAGCCCGGACUGACUGCUCGUUUUUGCAACCCUUUUAAACUACCUGUUUAAAAAGUGGUCGUUUUAUUCAGGUUUCUGAGGGGGGAAAAAAAAGUCCAGUUUCUUUUCCUUUUGUUAAAAAAAAAAAGUUGUGUGGGGGUUGGGGGGGAAUAAAUGCUUGGCGCAACUGUCUGUAAGAGGUGUUUCAUCUGGGCGUUCUCACGCUACGUGCCGGCAGGGAGCGCGCCUGCUGCUCACGGCCCAUUGCUGUCCUGUCAGCCCUCCUGGGUGGCUCCCCCAGAGCGUGCUGUAGGAAGCAGCCCACCCCCCUCACGCUGGGGUCUUGGGAGGAGUUAACUUUUACUCUGUUCGGACCUGCCAGGAAGCAUUCUUCCAACCCAAAACCACGGAAGAGCCUGUUCUUUUUGGCCACACCGAGAAUGGUCAGUGGGGUCCUGAAAUUGUUUUGUGCCACUUGGAAACCUCCCACCGUGGAGAUGUGGCUGUAAUUCACAUCUGGUGAGCUACAGUUUACCGUGCACUAGCUGCGGGAAAUAGGAUGGAGUGGGAUUUUCCGACACGUUGAGGGCAAAUACAAAGGAAGCAGCAUUGACUGAGGCUGGCGGGAUGGUUUCAGAUACACCUUUAGGGCCGUGUUUGCAUUCAGAUGUUGAAUGUGUUCUCACAAGUCACUUAGCAAGCACUUCUAGACCUACAUUGCUACAUUGCUACAUUGCGCAGCUUUCUGUUUGUACUUGAAGGUACUGGACCUCUAAUCCUUCACACUGCCCAGGCUUUUGAGUUGAGUCAUACUGACCCGUCCCACCGGGAGGGCAAAAGUCAGGCGGGGACACAGCCCCAGCACGGGGUGGAUCCUGCUUCUAGCGUGGAGUGACUGUCCGAGCAGGUGCUGGCAGGCCUCAGCCCGCCUCAGGUAGGCCAGGUGCCCCCAGCGCCCUGUAAGUGUGGCUCGCAGGCUGGGCCCCGUGGCUGGCACAGUCUUGGCAUUAGACCCUCCGUGGAGGCAGGAGAGUAGGACCUGAGGCAGCUUCGAAGUUUGCCUCUGCGAAAACAUGUUACCCACGCGCACAGGGCCCCCACCCCACUGUGGCCCAUGGGCCCCCGGGGCAGUGGUCUCUGAACCUCGGGAAAGCCAGGGACAGAAGAAACAUAGGUUAUUUUCCUCUCCAUCAUUCUGUCCUUAGAGAGGAGAGCCUGGCACUUUCCUUAUCUCUAGGGGGAGAAAAUUUCCUAAGCCUUUAGAGUCAGCGUGCAUUGCUGUGAGGACAGAGAUUCUAGGACUGUUCCGACUGUCGUGUUAGUGGCCGGUCAUGCCUGUCCCAGGGACUCCUUCCCUCGACUCACUGGUGUCCGAGUGUGGGUCUGCUAAGCUCUGCUGCUGGCCGCGUGGAAGCUUAUCUGUCGAGAGCAAACGCGCAGAGGGAUGUUUCUAAAGCAAAGAUGUCUCUUCUGUUUGCAGACUUGCCCAGCUGUUCGGGUUUGAAGCAUUCAAAAUAAACUGAGUUGCAGCGGCAAAAAUAUAAUGCACAAUUUCAUUUUAAUCUCCCAUGCAGGAUAGCAGAAGGCUUUUUGACUUGAAAUGACCAAAGAACUCCUCCUUGGCGAGACAGUUCACAUUCCUGAAUUAGUAUUUCUUGACUAUCAGCUUAAAAGACUUCCUGGUUAAAUAUUGCACUUACCUUGUUCCUGCAAAGACUCUGCCUGCAUGUGUGUGUUGUGUUUUAGCUCCCGCCUCCCCAAGACCUUCUCUUCCUGACGGCUGAUGUCUUCAACACAGUUCCUGUUUACUAUCAGAUGGUUUUGCAUUAGUGAAUCUAGACCUCUUUGAGAAAGCCUGUAUAUAAAAAGUUAACAGAUAUAUUUUAUGGAAAAACCCAUCUUAUUUUCAAAUAUAUUUAACUGCUGUUAUAUUUUAUUAGAGGAAGGUUGUACAUAUUUUCUAGGAGUUCUAUUGUAAAGAAAAGUAUUUUUGAAAAAAAUUACUGUAAUAAAAAGGAAAACCUUUUUAAAUGGUGGUUGUGAUUGCUUCCUGUUCUGGCUUUGUUAUGUUCGAUUCUCAGCAAAAGCCUUGCAUGCCUUCCGUAUCAGGAUGUAACUUAUUCAGGUUUGCACUAUUAUGAGUUGACAUCAUAAUAUCUCGUGUGCUUAACUGUGUUGCCGGAAUGCAAGUCCCUUGGUUCAUAUCAAAGCACUAUGUAUAGCAUAUUCAUAAUUUUUCUUUUGUAACGUGUGUAUUUUUAAUAAGGAUUUUAUGUAACAUUUUGGCAAAAAAAAAAAAAAACAAGAGGACAGUAUUUUCUAGUGAAUUUUAUAACAUUUUGCUAAAAAUGUUUCUUCCUAGGUCAGUUUUUGUUAAGGUGAACCAAAAGUCUUAUUUUACCAGGGGUUAAAAAAAAAAAGUUUGAAGCUUGAAAGCAAAGUUAUAUUUAAACAUCAUAUGUAACAAAUAAAUAAAAAUGUUUUAUAGACUUGUCCUGAAAAGGUGCAUUCCUUAAGAAACAAAACAAAACUGGGGCAUUCUAGGUUGUUUUUCCCCUGAGGGACAAGCAUCUUUUUAAAAUUCUCACAGUACUUUGUCAGAAACGGAACCAGGAGAAUUUUCCGUCGCAGGUUCCAGUCAUUAGCCUUCACGGAAAUGUAUGCCAAGUCCUAUAGGUGGGCCUUCAUCAAAUAGAGAUGUAACCAAAUAGA